CUGCAUCUCUCUGGGACCACGCAUCAUCUCUCCAAGAUGUGGGCAAAGACAAUUACGGAAAAUUUUGCAAACGUGAUUCAUGGCUUGAAUGCAAACCACUUGACAGACCAAGUCAUUCAGAGAAGUAAGCGAAUGAUUCUGGACACUCUCGGAGUGGGGCUUCUGGGUACCAGCACCGAGGUCUGCCACAAAGUGACACAGUACAGCAAGAUCUACAGCUCAGAUAUAUCCAGUACCAUCUGGGGCCACUUGGAUUUCCGACUGCCUCCUCUGUAUGCAGCUUUUGUGAAUGGAGUGGCUGUGCACUCCAUGGAUUUUGACGACACGUGGCACCCAGCCACACAUCCAUCCGGGGCUGUGCUCCCCGCCGUGAUUGCACUCUCGGAGGCCUUUCCUCAGAAGAAAAAAAUCUCGGGUCUUGAUCUGCUCUUAGCUUUCAACGUGGGAAUCGAAGUGCAAGGCAGGCUGCUGCGCUUCUCCAGUGAAGCCAGGAACAUUCCAAAAAGGUUUCACCCACCGACUGUGGUUGGUACAAUGGGGAGUGCAGCAGCUUGUGCUAAACUGCUUGCUCUUGACCAGCUGAAAUGUAAAAACGCCUUGGCUAUCGCUGCCUCCUACGCAGGUGCCCCACUGGCUAAUGCAGCCACCCAAACAAAGCCCCUCCACGUCGGCAAUGCUGCCAAGCAUGGACUCGAAGCAGCUUGCUUAGCAUCACAGGGCCUUCAAGGAAACAAACAGAUCUUGGACAUGGAGUCGGGGAUAGGUGCCUUUUACACAGAUUACAACCCACAGACUCUGCCAACCUUGCAGUCCUACCCCUGGCUAUUGGACCAACAAGAUGUGGCCAUCAAACGCUUUCCUGCUCAUCUCGGAACGCACUGGGUGGCUGAUGCAGCAUCUUCUGUCAGGAAGAAGCUUGUAGAGAGCAGCGACAACUUGCUCCCCCUUGAGAAAAUCGAGAAAGUCAUUCUCAAAGUCCCAGAGGUCAAAUACGUGAACAGACCCAGCCCCACUUCAGAGCAUGAAGCUCGACACUCCUUCCAGUUCGUUGCAUGCUCUGCUUUGCUGGAUGGCAGCGUGUCGGUCCAGUCCUUCGCCGGUGAGAACAUCCACCGGCCAGCCUUACAGGAGCUCCUCCGCAAAACACAGCUGGAGCACCCUCCCGACAACACACCGAGCUUCGAGAGUCUUUACUGCGAAGUGAGCGUCACGCUGCGGGAUGGCAACACGGUCAGCGACCGCUGCGAUACGUUCUACGGACACUGGAGGAAACCUCUGAAAAAGGAGGACUUGGAGAAAAAGUUUCAAUCCAACGCCUCCAGCGUCCUGCCCGCAGAAGCCCUAGAAGGCGUUACAGAGACCGUGUACAAUCUGGAAAAAGUAGGCGACUGUUCUGUAUUAAGUACAUUUUUAUCGGGACAGUCAGCUAGAGGACUGUCGGAGAAGCAGCGGUUCCUCUGA